UAUAGAUGGGCACACAUUUAGCAGUACGUAUUAUUAUUUUCCCUGCAAUUUUUUCCAGUUUUGUUCUCUUCAAUCUCCAGUUUUUGCUUUUGCCUUAAAAUCAACGGUUUGCGUUCAUCGUAUGGAUGAGAUUGUGGAAAUGUAGUUGGCCAUUACUGGUGUCAGGACUCGGGUGUUCAUAUCUCCAUCGGUGAUAAUUGAUGAAACCGACUUUUGAAAUCGCCUGAAGAUAGAAUACUUAGCGACUAGGCCUUCGGAUUAAUCUAUCUUUAGGAACAUACCGUAGGAUGAGUGUCCAUGCGAACGUGCAAUUGAGGCAUCGUGUGAAGGCCCUAUAUCGGGAUUUCAUCCGACUUGGACGUGCUUGGCAAGCUGUGGAUGCAAAAAAUACUGCCGACGAGCGACAAUACAUUGCGGAAGAAACCCGAAGGCUGUUUCGUGAGAAUGCGCAUCUAAAGACGGAGCAGGAGAUUGAGGAGAGGGUUCUGGAAGCCGAAGCUCGCUUGGAGAUGGCGCGGCAUUACAAGAAUCCCUAUCCGCGGAUGACCAAUGUUCCUCCCUUUACCAUGGCUGCAGGGAAGGGCCGUCAAGGAUCUGAGCAACGCCGUCAGCAUUCGCUUCCGACUCAUUUGAAGUCCUAUCACAAACCGUGACUUCCAGGAAUUAGGAUUGAUAGGAUUUAUAUUUCUGCUAUCUGCUGCUGCUGCAAAGGUGUCGUCCCGGUAAUGCAAAGACCUGUAUGGCUGUGUGAGAUUUGGGCACUUGUUUUAUUGUACACCGGUUUGGCAUGCGUUUUUUAGAAGUGUGUUCUUGCUUAACCAAUUGGGCAGCUUGACAUUUUUUUUAAAACUUGUUAUUAGAUCGUAUGUGCGAACAAUUGCAGAUGUUGCUCAUUGCUCUUAGUACGUGUGAUUAAUCUGCCACCGGUUAGUGUUAGCCUGAUUUACCAACGGCGCGCGACAUUACAGACUGAAAACUGCCAACCUUGUACCAAUGUUUAACAAGAUCAGAUGUCGGUCAGUUUGGGAUUGCGUUUUCAAUUCAGCGUCUGUGCGCACGUUAUAAUGACGCACUUUAUUGUUUUCAAUGUUAACAUAUUUCUGUAAACAAUCUGCAGUAGAGUUUACACUGAUAAGUGAUAACAUACUCUU